GUCGGCUUGUUGAAACUGGUAAUACGGCCUAGGGGCAGAAGACUUUCCGCAAGUUUUGUCACCUCAUAACAUUGUAUUCACCGAUACGUAAUUAACCUACGCAUCCAAAGAGCCAUGGCAGCAACGCACAACCCGAUGCGGGCAUCCACCCCGCCGCCCGCCGUCUCCAAGACGACGAUCCACAUGUCGGGUCUCCUCUGUGACGUCUACGGUCUCGAGGAGCUCGUCGCGCGUAAGCAGAAGCCGUCGGCGGUCUCGUGUCUUUGGCUUCAUCACCCGCGCUUGCGUGCAAAGGAGGACAUGGGUGAUAUCGCGAGCCGGGUGAUUUCCCAAUGGGAGGAGACAUCGUCGUCGUCUGCGUCUGGCAGUACCAGGGCCCUCAUCGCCGUGGCGUUUGACCAGCAGAACCACGGCACCAGGACGGCGUCGGCGGCGGCGCGGGAUAGCUGGCGCGAGGGGAACAAGACGCAUGCGCUGGAUAUGUGGGGGAUGGUUUCGGGUAUGGUGGCGGACACGAAGGGGUUGUUGGAUGUUGCGGAGGGGUAUGUGAAGAUGGAGCUGGGGCAGAGAAGGGAUGGGAAGGCGGCGGCGGAGGAGGAGGGGUGGGAGAUUGAUCAGCAUCUGGUGUUGGGUGUGAGCUUGGGUGGGCAUAGUGCGUGGCAGACUAUGUUUAGGGAGGAGAGGGUUGAGGCCGGGGUUGUUAUUAUUGGGUGUCCUGAUUAUAUGGCUCUCUUGUCAGACCGCGCGAGGUUAUCCAAGCUGGCAACCUUUUCUGCGCAAGAUAACGGCGCCUCGUUCCUGGGCAGCAGAGACUUUCCCCGCGACCUCGUAGCCUCUUGUCUGCGUCACGACCCCAAGGGCAUCCUCUUUGGCACCAGCGCCAUCUCGGAACGGGCCGCCAGUCUCACUCAAGACGAACAGGAGCGUCUGCGCGGCGUCCUGGACGGCCUACGCCUCCACGGCAAGAAGUUUCUCAUCUGCUCCGGCGGCGAGGAUAAGUUGGUGCCCUACGCCAUGUCGGCGCCCUUUGUGGAGUUCCUGACGGCUGCUACGGGGACGUGGUUUGCUGAUGCUGGGGUCGAGGUUGAGAAUAAGGUGUAUGAGGGGGUUGGACAUGCUUUUAGUGAGGGCAUGGUGGAGGAUUCGGUGAGGUUUUUGGUUGGGGCUGUUGCUGGGAAGGAUGCUGGGGCGGGAGCUGGGGAGAAGUCGAAGAUUUGAGGGUCCGAAAGCUUAGCAGAGCAGAGCACACUGAGGGAUCAAGGAGGUUGAAGACAAGGGAAUAUAUACA